AUGGGUCUAGAGAUCUCGACGGCAGGAGACGUCUACAGCUACGGCAUCAUCCUGCUGGAGAUGGUCAUGGGGAGGUGCCCGACCGACGGCCCGUUCGUGGGCCGGCUGAACCUCUGCGGGCUCGUCGGAGGCCCUCGGAUCGGAGCUUGGAGUUGCGUCGAGCGGCUCACUGAGCUCGGGCUGAGAUGCGCCGCGGACUCGCCGGGGGACAGGCGGGCGAUCGGACGCGUCAGCAUGGUGGUAGGGGUGGGGUUGUUCGGGCAGUCGGCAGGGGUGUUGGGUCUCGGUCGCGGCAGGACGUCGCUAAUGGUGCAAGCGGGGAACAAGUACAGCGGCAUGUUCGCGUACUGCCUCCCGGCAGAUCCAUCCGGGACAGGGUUCCUGGAUUUCGGGCCAGGCGCCGCCACCAUGGCGGCGGUGGCUGUGAAGGAAGCACGCCAGACGCCGAUGCUCACCUACAAGGGGCCGAGGUACUACUACGUGGGCAUGACAGGCAUCAAGGUGGGCGGCCACUUGCUGCCCAUCAGCCGCUCCGUCUUCUCCGCCGCCGGCAUGAUCGUCGACUCCGGCACGGUGAUCACGCGGCUCCCUCCCUUGGCUUACAGGCAGCUGCGGUUGGCGUUCGCCAAGGACAUGGCGGCUCUAGGGUAUCAAAAGGCUCCCGGCUGGUUCGAGAUGUUAGACACAUGCUUCAACCUGACCGGGCUCCAGGGGAUCGUGCUGCUGCCCACGGUGUCGCUGGUGUUCCAAGGCGGCGCGAGCCUAGACAUGGAUGCUACGGGAAUCCUGUACGUGGCCAAUGUCUCGCAUGCGUGCCUGGCGUUCGCGGCCAACAACAGGAACAGUGACAUGGCUGUCAUCGGAAGCACACAGCAGAAGACGUACAGCUUUAUGUACGACAUUGGUAAGAAGGUCGUCGGCUUCACACCCGGAGCUUGCUGA